AUGCAAGGGGAGCGAAUCAAGAGCGGCUUCAAGCGUGUCGUGGGCAUCGGGUUCUUCAAGGAUGCCCAACUGGAACAGUUUCCCGAACACGACGUCUUCCAGGCAAGCGAGCGAGCAACGGGAUCGGAGUCUCGGAUUGAUGCGAGCUUGUCGAGCAUCAAUGCAUUUGAGCAGCUGUUUGAGAAGGGCUACCACUCCGCGCCCGUGUACGACAAGAAGGCGAGCAAAUACGUCGGCUUCCUCGACACGGCAGACCUCGUGACAUACGUGGUACAAACGCUGCACAAGACGUCCGAUCCUGAUGUGCACCUGCCGCCACACUUCUCCUCGCUGAAGGACAUGCUCGUCUGGGUCAAUCGUCACGUCCCCGACGUCGCUGCCACCACCUCAAACCUCUCCGCGCGGAAUCCGUUCAAGUCCGUGCCGCCAAACGCCAGUCUGCUUGAUGUGAUUGAGAUUCUCGGCAUCAAGGGCGUCAAACGUGUCGCUGUGCAGGACGCCGUGUCCGGUCGCAUUACAAAACUCAUCACGCAGUCCUCCAUCGUCAAGUACAUCCUCACGCAUGAUGGUUCACUGUCGCCUCUCGGUGACACGACGCUGGAGGAGGCGGGGCUCGGAUUGAAGACGGUGAAGACUGUUUCGCUGACGUCACCAGCCGUGCGCGCGUUUGAAAUCAUGGAGACGCAUCACAUCAGCUCCAUCCCCGUGAUUGACCACGGCCAGGGCGACAAGAUGGUGGCGUCCAUUUCCGACUACGACCUGCGUGCCAUGCUGACGGUCAAAGACUUCCAGCUCUACGGAAUAACCAUCCGAGAGCUGCUCAAUUUGAUCAAACCGGAGAACCCAUUUCGCCUUCUCUCGGUCCCAAAGACGGCAACAAUCGCCUCGCUGUUCCAAGUGCUGUGCGACAACCACAUCCACCGAGUGUACAUCCACGAUGAGCUUGGCCUUCCCAUCGGCGUGGUCACGUUCAAGGAGCUGCUGGCACACCUCCUCUCGCGCGUGCGCCACACGUCCAUGGACUGGAGGGACAGGCCCGCACACGCGAACGACGAGGAGGAGCAGGGAUGA